CCCGGCUAUAUAAAACUCUGACCUCUUCAUGAAAAGCUGCGCACUGCUUGGUUCGAACUGAAAGAUUUCAUUUUUGGACCGAAAUAAUCGCUCAGAUUUUCCAUUGUUACAUUUACAAUCCACUGGAAGCGAAAAAUAGUGCUUCCGAUGGAAGAUAUUGGGAAAAUGAUUGGAGAUUUGAGCUUAGGAGAAUUAGUAGAGGGCCAGCAAGGUGAGGCACUCAGAAGCAGUGCCUUCCUACGGUUAAAAUCUUACUGUUUAGAGCUUCUGGAGCUUGUGCGGAACCCCAAGAAGCAUGCUUCUGUAAUUCCUUCGCUUCGUCACUUUCUUCAGAAUUCUUCAUCCAGUACCUUACAGCCCUUCUUCGAUUACACUUUGUUCCCAUUACUUUUGCUCCUGGAUGCUGCCAUUGAAUGCAGAUCUACGCCAAAAGUAGGUUCUAAAGAAAAUUUUACAACGUCUGAUGUACCAAAACCACCUAAUCCAGUGAGUGAUACUGUGGCAGAAGGCGUUGUUUGUUGUUUAGAGGAACUUCUGAAGAAGUGUCAUUUGAAAUCUGUGGAUCAGAUGGUUGUAGUCCUAAAGAAAUUAACAUACGGGGCUUUGCUUUCACCACUUGAGGCUUCGGAGGAGUUUCGUGAAGGAAUUAUCUUGUGUUUCAGGGCACUGCUUCUGAGUUUACAAUCCUGUUCUGAUGAGUCGUGCUCAUGCGAACAAAUUCCUGGUUUUCCUGCACUUUCAGAGGACACAGAUGAUACGCCUCAUUGGAAAUCUUCCAAAACUACUGCAGAAUCAGAAGUCUGUUUACUUGCUUUUCUUCGCUCUCAAGAUGCAUCAGCAGCCAUUGGACACUGGCUGUCUCUUCUUCUAAAAGCUGCAGAUACAGAGGCUGCAAGAGGACAUCGAGGCUCUGCAAGACUGAGAACUGAAGCCUUUAGAACUCUCCGCUUGCUGGUUGCUAAGGUCGGUACUGCAGAUGCAUUAGCCUUCUUUUUACCUGGUGUUGUUAGUCAAUUUGCCAAAGUUUUGCACAGUGCUAAAACGAUGAUGAGUGGUGCGGCUGGUAGUGCAGAGGCUAUUGAUCAAGCAAUUAGAGGGUUGACUGAGUAUCUUAUGAUAGUCCUCAGGGAUGAUGCUAAUGCACCUGUCAUGGGUGUUGAAGCUUCAUCUAACUUUGGUUCUGAUAACUGUGAAUCCACUGUGUCUCUUUUGGAGGAGCUCCGUCGCUUGCCUGUUAAAGCUCAACUUCAAAAUGAAGUGAUUGAAGAUACAAGGCAUGAGUUGGGGGAAAUCCCUUGUUCAAACACUGAACUACAAGAAAAGAGUGGUGAUUGUAGCAAAGCGAUUGGAUCUUUGCAUGUGAAUCGAACAAAAGAUUGGUUGGAGAAAACAUCAGCUCAUUUAAAGAAGCUGUUGAACGUAACAUUUCCACAUAUCUGUAUUCACCCUUCACAAAAGGUGAGAAAGGGACUUGUUAAUGCUGUACAAGGACUUCUAUUGAACUGCCACUACACUCUGGGAGAGAGUAGACUGAUGCUUUUGGAGUGCUUAUGUGCUUUGGUAGUUGAUGAUUCUGAUGAUGUAUCUUCUACUGCACAAGAGUAUCUUGAAUAUUUAUUCUCUCUAAACUGGAAGCCUCUUCUAGAACAGGAUGCUUCUGAAAUAUUUAGCAGGCAUGUUGAAAAGCUUCCCAAAGUGGUGCUUGGCAAUGAGGAGUCCCAUGCAGUGUUGAAUGCGCAACAGUUAUUAGUGAUAAUAUAUUAUUCUGGUCCUCGUCUAAUGUUCGAUCAACUUCAGUCUCCUGUGGGAGCUGCUAGAUUCCUGGAUGUAUUUGCCGCAUGUCUAAGCCAUAGAUCAGAGUUCUCUGGUUCACUUGACAAAAUCAUUUCAAGAUCAUCAACAUUGGCGUACCUACCCUCUGUUGAUGACUUGAAAUCUGGUGUUAAUUUCUUAUGUCCUGGUCUUCCUAUUAUGAAUGCUGGCUUGUUGGAAGCUCCAAAGUACAGCCUUAUUGAGGAAAAUAAUAGACAAAAACCUAUGAAAGCAGAGGGCUAUGAGCUUCCUCGUAUGCCCCCUUGGUUCAGUAAUGUGGGUAGUGUUAAACUAUACCAGCCUCUUGCUGGGAUUCUCAGACUUGUUGGAUUAUCUUUAAUGGCAGAUAGUAGAAGUGAGGGGCUUCUGUCAUAUAUAACUGAGACUCUACUUGGUCACAUUCGUAAAUUGGUUUCUGAACUCCGUAUGAAAGAUUACAAUAAAGAAAGCUGGCGAUCUUGGUAUGAGAGAACUGGUUCAGGACAGUUAUUGCGGAAAGCAAGCACAGCUGCAUGUAUGCUCAACGAGAUAAUGUUUGGUCGAUCUGAUCAAGCUAUUAAUGGUUUUGCUAGAGUGUUUCAUAGAUCUGCUACGAAAAGGGAAGGCAUUGAGGUCCAGUCUUUCAAACUUGAUUGUUCACUUCAUGAAUCUGUUUGGAAGAUGCUACAUGAUGAAGGUGCAAGAAGUCAUUUAAUGGAUUGCAUUGGUGGGAUCUUGCAUGAGUAUUUAUCUGCUGAAGUUUGGGGUAUUCCAGUCAACUACAGAUCUGUGGACAUGCAUCUUAAUGCUGAAGACGACGAACCUAGCCCAUACCUUUUCCAGGACGCUGCGAUGCUACACGAGGUUAUUAUUGAUGGACUAGGAAUCUUCAAUCUAUGUCUUGGAAGAGAUUUUGCUGCAAGUGGGUUUCUUCAUUCAUCUCUUUAUUUGUUGCUUGAGAAUCUCAGUUCUCCAAGUUUCCAAGUUAGAAACGCUGCAGACUGUGCCUUGCAUAUACUUUCCACCACAUAUGGCUAUUCAACGGUUGGACAUCUAGUUCUGGAAAAUGCAGACUAUGUCAUUGAUUCAGUAUGCCGACAGUUGCGUCAUUUGGACCUUAACCAUCAUGUGCCAAAUGUGCUAGCUUCUAUACUUUCCUACAUUGGAGUGGCUUCUAAGAUAUUGCCUCUUCUAGAGGAACCGAUGCGCUCUGUGUCAAUGGAGCUCGAGAUACUUGGUAGGCAUCAGCAUCCCGAUUUAACCAUGCCCUUCUUAAAGGCAGUAGCUGAAAUUGCCAAGGCUUCAAGGCAGGAAGCUUGCUCGGUGACCCCUCUAGCAGAGUCAUUUGCCGGAUAUGUCAGGUCUAUAAUUUCAAGUGCAAAAGAACAAACAGAAGACCAGUGGGAGGCCAUUUUAUUCAAGUUGAAUGAUUCCAGGAGAUAUAGAAGAACAGUUGGUUCUACUGCUAGUUCAUGUAUCACUACAGCAACCCCCCUUGUAGCUUCGUUGAAGCAAGAGACAUGCUUGGCAGCCCUGGACAUAAUUGAGGGUGGCAUGUUGGCAUUGGCAAAAGUGGAAGCUGCAUAUAAACAUGAAAGAGAAACCAAAGAAUUAUUGGAUGAAGUCUUGCAGUCACAAUUAUUGUAUCAGUUGAAGGAUACUUUAGAUGCCGCUGAAGAAGGGACUGAUGAAAACAGGUUGCUUCCUGCAAUGAACAAAAUAUGGCCAUUCUUGGUUGCUUGUAUUCGGAACAAGAACCCAGUGGCUGUCCGGAGAUGCUUGAAUACUAUCAGUAACUUGGUGCAAAUCUGUGGUGGAGAUUUCUUCACGCGUCGCCUCCACACUGACGGAACACACUUCUGGAAGCUUCUAAGCAUAUCCCCAUUUCACAAAAAAGCCAAUGUCAGAGAUGAGAAGGUCCACUUACAACUCCCUUACAGAAGCAGUUCCCCAGCUUCAGAGGAUUCUGUGGCUGAGGGUUCCAAUCUCAAAGUUCAGAUCGGAGUACUCAAUAUGAUAGCUGAUUUAUGCCUUGAUAAGAGGAGCGCCUCAUCAUUAGAUAAUGUUGUGAAGAAGGUAAGUGGCCUGGUGGUGGGGAUAGCUUGCAGUGGGGUAGUGGGACUUCGUGAUGCUUCUUUGAGGGCUCUUCGUGGACUUGCGUCUAUUGAUCCUGAUCUUAUAUGGCUUCUCUUAGCUGAUGUCUACUACACUGUGAGGAAGACAGAUAUGUUGCUCCCGCCAACAUCGGAUUUACCCCAUAUCUCUCGAAUUCUUCCUCCUCCUUCGUCCCCUAAGGAGUAUCUGUAUGUCCAGUAUGGUGGCCAGAGUUAUGGCUUUGACUUGGACCUCGCCUCUGUGGAGGUUGUUUUCACGAAACUUUUCACCCGUGAGCUUACCUAAUCAUCAAAUUUAUAGUCAAACAUCCGAA